UCACUGUCAACACCACUGGGACACCUUCUCUACUAUUCCUUUGCGGCAAUUUCUCAGGGAGUAACAUCUGCUUGGGAGACCACUUUGGAAGGAACAACAUCUAAAGUUGACAAUAGCGUCAUGCAUCCUUGGGUAGCCAUCCUGGGCUUCCUACUCCUUCUGAUAGAUGGUGUAACGUCUUACCUACAUGUGAUUGGAGUGGAGGGUCAGUCUGUCAGGCUACCCUGCUCCUAUAAAGGAAAAGUCACAUCCACGUGCUGGGGCCGAGGGGAAUGUUCUUGGUUAGACUGCAAAAAUACCAUUAUCAGUACUGAGGAAUACAAAGUCACUGAACGGAAGAAUGAACGUUAUAAGCUCAAGGGAAAUAUCGGUGGAAGAGAUGUUUCUUUGACCAUAGAGAAUGCAGUCCCUUCUGACAGUGGCUUGUAUUGUUGCCGUAUUAAGAAAUGGUUUUUCAAUGAUGAAAAAAACAUCAUAAAGUUGACUAUAAAGCCAGCUCCACCUACAACAACAGUGAACCCCAGUAUUACUACGGAAAACACGAGGACCAAUACUGAGACUCCAAGAACAACCAACACCGCUACUCCAAAAGGGAACACCACUAUUCCAGAAAGGGACAGCACUACUAUAGUAGUCACGAAUCCUCAUAUGACAACGGGGGCCUCUACUUCUGCCCUUCCAAUGCCCACUCCCACAAAGGACCUCAAGCCAGCUCCACCUACAACAGUGAACCCCAGUAUUACUACAGAAAGCACAAGGACCAGUACUGCCGAGAAUCCAGGAACAACCAACACCGCUACUCCAACAGGGAACACCACUAUUCCAGAAAGGGACAGCACUACUAUAGUAGUCACGAAUCCUCAUAUGACAACGGGGGCCUUGACCUCUGCCCUUCCAAUGCCCACUCCCACAAAGGACCUCAAGCCAGCUUCUUCAUCUUCCACCACGCAGACUGCAGGAACCCAGUCUACCUGCACACGUAAGACAAGUGUAACACACCCACCAAGGCACUCUUACACAACAGGUGGGAAUGCCACUGCAAUAAACUUUCCAAGUGCUGUUUGUUGUAGCAUUCAAACUGGAAUCUACAUUGGAAUCUCUGUUAUUGUCUUGUUAUUAUUGCUCAUGGUUUUGGUAUUCAUGAUUAGCAAAAAAUCUCUUUGCCUGGGUAACAGGAUGAGGCUACUACGUAUGAUUCCAUUGAAAGAUUCUCAGAUUGGAGCUUUGAAAGAUGCAACCAUGAAGCCUGUCCGAGCAGAAGACAAUAUCUACGUUAUGGAUGAAACUCUCUAAGUCACGGGUUGAGAUCUGGUGGCCUGCUAAGGUGUUAUGUCCUCACUGUAGAAGACAGUGACCAGAUAUCACCAUGUCAGAGUCCUUUCAAGCAGCAGGACAGUUUUUUGGUCAGUUUCCCAUGGCAUUCCAAGGAGUCAGGGAUAUUGGGUAGAGUGAGUCUAGCUCAUCUGUGCACAGUCAACCUCUGUCACACAGUCCUAAUUUUUUAUACUAAAAGUGGCUCAGUCUUUCUGGUCAUUGGAGAGCCCUCUCCAAAACAUGAAAUGUACUCUUUAGAAUUGUACAUUCUCUUUAGACCCUUUGAAUCCUAUUAUCCAUCAAGAAUUCUCAUUGAGAAGACAGAUAACACACUUCUACUUUGGUUAACAAACUGUCAAGAAAUGAAUACAACAAAAUCAGCAAACCCAACUUGGGACUAAAUGACUUAACAUGAAAGCAUCUCAUGAUUCUUUUUUCUAUUUAAGUGACCCCAAAUGUUAGAUUCCUAAGUACAUUAAGGGUUUCAAAUCAUGGGAGUGUGCUGGUUUUUAUUUACCCAUUGGGAAAAUAAAAGUGAGUGUGAUUUUGCCAUUAGAGGUAGGUCUGGUUUCUCAGGGCUCUGGAAAUAGAAGGCAUUAAGUGCUUUCCUGGGGACCAGAAUGGUAUUUUAGCAGUUAGAAGAAGGUAGGGAAGUGAGUGGUCCACAGAAACACCAGGGGAAGAAAAUCCAUUGCCAUGUGAUUUACACUGUUUCUGCUACAUUGGUACUACAGUUCUAGGUGCUUAUGUAAACAACUGGCAGGCUCUAAUGGAAUCUUAAGAAUGUGGCAGGGCAGAAAUAAAUAUAAGGAAAAAAGAGGGGCAGAGUAGCAAAAAAGGCUUUCUGCCUUGGAAAAGCGUGUUUGCAAGUAUAGUAGUGUUUUUUGAGACUAAUCCAGCAUUUCCAAAACUUGUUUGAAACCCCUAAGCACAGUGACUGCUGACAUACCCAGUAGCAUUCUGUGAAACAAGACCUGGGGCAUGGGAGAAAGCAGGUGGUACUCAGAAUUAGAGACAGAACUUGAGUUCUAAUCCUAACUCACACCAGUAAUAUUUGGAUGGCAUUAUGGUAAAUCCUUCCUUAUGCCUAAAUUUUUAAUAUAUUUUUAAAUGAAGUGUAGUUAAUUUAGAGUGUUGUGCUGAUUUUUUUUUUACACAUAUUAGAAUUAUUUUCACACACACAUUGGUGUUCAGUGGUAAUUCCAGUGACAUUUACUUUUGGGAGAAAGAUAAAAGUGAAAAAGACUACAGAAAUACAAGGUUUUGUGUGUGCUUGUGUGGAGUCUGUAGUGAUAGGAAGGAGAUCUACCAUCAGUGUUCAGUAAAUAAUUUCAAUAGUGCUGCAAAUCUCUUGGCAUAUGGUCCCUUUUAUUAUUUUUUGAAUUACAUUUCUGUUUUGGAAAAGUCUAUACUGGGUAAUUUGGCUCUUAUCUUAUACUGUAGAAAAAUUUGUUUACAACCAAGGGGAAGAAUGAUUUAUAAAGAGGGAAGGGGAGGUAUUUAGUUAAUACUAAAUUAUUUUCUGUAUAUAUAUCAAUCAUAUAGAAAAUACUGACUUGCUUUUGAUCUUUUGAAAUGAUGAGCUUACAUUUUAUACAGUUGAUCUUGGGGCAUUAGGAGACUGGUGUAUUAAUAAUUAAAAUCAUAUAUUUGAACUUAGAAAAUUUUAUGCAUCUUUAAAAAGUAGAUGAACCAAGCUUUCACUAAUGGCUAUGAAGAUAAUUUUAUGAGUACAUGAAAGUGUGAGAGACUUCUUAUCACAACUUUCAUUCAUAUGUACACUCAUUAAUUAAACACACUUCUGUUUUCA